GAGAGCAAGACAGACAGACAGAGGGGCGGUGCUGCCUCUAGCGGGAGAUGGAACAAAGAUGCAGGCCAGUGUGCUGAGAGAGGCCAAUGAGGGUGGAUGUACGCCCCUCGCCUCCCGCGCUCCCGUCACUGAAUUCGUGUCAAUAUUUGCACAUGAAUGUGAAGGAUAAUAAAUGAUAGAGAAUACAAACAAAUGAAUAAAUCUGUAGAAAAGAAAGACACGUAUUGGACUAAGAAGAAAUAAAUAGAAUAUACAAAUAAAGAAAAAAAAACUAUUGAGAACUAACACUAUAAUUGCCUUAGUGCUGUAAAAAAGACUACUACUACUACUACUACUACUACUACUACUACUACUACUACUACUACUACUACUACUACAGCAAUCACCACCACGACUACCGCCAUCAUGAAAGAAGUGGCCUUUCCAAAGCUGCCAUCGCCCGUUGACCAAGUGCAGAAUGCGCAGGAGUUCAUCGGUUCGCCACCUUGCCGGAACAGGUGCACCGAAAAAGUGUGAAGCGCGGGUUUGACUUCACGCUGAUGGUGGUGGGGGAGUCUGGCCUGGGCAAGUCCACGCUCAUCAACAGCCUUUUCCUCACCGAUUUGUACAAAGAGAGGAAAGUGCCCACGGGGGAGUCUUUGGUGGAGAAGACAGUCUCUAUAGAAAAGAAGACUAUAGAGAUUGAGGAGCGAGGCGUCAAGCUGCGGCUGACUGUUGUGGACACGCCAGGGUUUGGCGAUGCUGUCAACUGUGAGGAAGGCUGGAAGACUGUGGAGCGAUAUGUGGAUGAGCAGUUCAACAAGUUCUUCCAGGAUGAGUCCGGCCUGAAUCGUAAGAACAUCCAGGACCACCGUGUACACUGCUGCCUCUAUUUUGUCCCUCCUUAUGGCCAUGGGCUCCGGCAGAUGGACGUUGAGUUCAUGCGGCGGCUGCACAGGAAGGUGAACAUCGUGCCGGUCAUUGCCAAGUCCGACACUCUCACCAAGCCGGAGAUCAACAAGCUCAAGUCCAACAUAAUGAAUGAUAUUGAGACACAUAAGAUUAAGAUCUACCAGUUCCCAGAAUGUGACUCAGAUGAGGAUGAAGACUUCAAGCAACAAGACAGAGAACUGAAGGCCUCCAUCCCAUUUGCUGUCAUAGGAUCAAAUUGUGUCAUUGAAGUUGCAGGGAAGAAGAUGAGGGGACGGCAGUACCCUUGGGGGAUUGUAGAAGUGGAAAACACGGCCCACUGUGACUUUGUGAAGUUGCGCACAAUGCUCAUUUCCACCCACAUGCAGGACAUGAAGGAAGUAACUCAAGACAUCCACUAUGAAAACUUCCGUGCUCAGUGCAUAUCCCAGAUGCAGCAGGUGGCCUUGAAAGAGAGAAACAAACUGAAGAGGGAGAGUGCUGCCAACUUCGACACAGUGGGUGAUGCAGACAGACUCCUUCAGCAGAAAGAUGAGGAGAUCCGCCGCAUGCAGGAAAUGUUGAAUCAGAUGCAGGAAAAACUAAAGGAGUCUGGCAAGGAACCUGCUGUUUCUCUUGCCCUUGAUCCGGGCAAGCGGGACUCGGUGGUCAAUGUGUGACCUCUUGAUAUUUAGUAGUCAUCGUGGGGCUUCUUAGGAUUCACUGGUCAGUGUGUGUAUGACUUGAGACUUGAUGGUUUAUGUAUGGUGAGAUCACACAUUUGCCAUUUAUUUGGUGCUUAAAUAACCUCAUCAAACAAGAAUAGUUGGAACCAUAGAAAACAGUAAUUUGUGGUCUAAAAUUGAAAGUCUUUCAAUCAUUAUUGAAUCUACCUUUGUAAGAGGCAGAGGUCCCUUUAAAGCAUGGUAUCCAGGACAAAGCAUACAUGUACAUGUAUUCUCACUUUCAUUCGCAAGAUUACUUGAUACCAAGAGACAAAGUUGGUGUAAGAUCAACCCCAUGAUCCAUUAGUUGUAGUUUACAUCUUAAGUAUUUGCACAAAUGAGUGGUAAGUGCAUUUUAAUAACAUUCUUUGGUGUACAGUACUUUCCCCCUCUAGAUCAUUGAUUAUUUCCUGAUAUGAUUGAAGUGUAUUUAAAAUAUCUCAAUUUCCACAAUGUAGGAGCUGAAGAUUUGCACCACAUCUAUUGGUGACUAGGUGAUCAGUUUGAGUGUUCUUCCACUGCAGCAUCUGAUCCCAUCUCAUUGACAUUCACAUUUUCUCUUGGUCUCAAUCAUAGACUUUCAUUCUGGCAUGAGUGAAAGUGUGGAUGUUGAGAUUGCUUUUCUGGCCACACUUUUAUGUAGGUUUGCACUGCAGGUGUCAGUCAUGGUUGCUUUUGUGGGUGAAUUUUUCCCCUGCAUUGCUCACACUCAAAAUUAUCACCACUGUGAUGUGUCAACAUUUGUUAGGUGAGAUUACCCUUUGGUGUAAGCUUUUUGCAGGCAGUGGAGUAAAGGAUGAGUGUAUGUGUACAUCAUUGUUGGAAAGCAUGUUUUAUUCUGAAUCUUCAUUUGUUUCAUCAUAAUAGUAUAAAGAUACUUCAUGAUAAAAUAAAAUGAGAAUUGCA